AUGGCACCCAGCGAGUCCAAAGAUGAGCGCGACCAAAGAGUCGCUCGGCUCUGGGAAUCCCUGGACACGCGCAAAGAGGGCCAUAUCGAUUUAAAUGGUCUCAAGAAAGGCCUAAAGAAGAUCGAUCACCGUGAGUUUGUCUUCGUCUCAGAUCGGGUCUCGUGCCGGAAGCUCCCGACUGACGCGGUCGCAUUACUAGCUCUGAAAAAUGCAGAUGAAAUGCUCCGUAGCAUCCUGCACGAUGUCGAUACCAACGGUGAUGGCCAGAUAGACUACAAUGGGCGCACCUGUGCUGAGUUUUGGUCUUCCCCUAACCUGCCUGCCUCAGAGUUCCGAACGUUUAUCGACCACACCGAGUCCGGUUUAUGGCAGAUGUUCCAGGCCAUCGAUCGCAAUCACAAUGGAGAAAUCGACAAGGCAGAGCUAAAAAGCGCGUUUGCACACUCCGGCGUCACCGUAUCGAGUGCAAAGCUGGACAACUUUUUUGCCGAGGUGGACAAAAACAAUGACGGGGUAAUAUCUUACGCGGAAUGGAGGGACUUUCUCCUCUUCCUACCGCUUCGCUCCACCUCCGACCUACGCGCUGUCUUGUCCUACUACACGGCGACGGGCAAUCUAAACCCGGAAGGAGAUGUCCACAUCAAUGAUCUGCAGGGUUUAGGUACAGACCACACAUUUCCUACUCGUUCUCUCCUCGCUCUCCAGCGCCUCUUGUACAAUAUUCUCUCUUUGCCUGCGCUGGCCUCUCUCCUUCCUUCAGCCCUCGCGCAAACCACCACCAACCCGGCUGCAACGUUGACAACCGCUUUCGGGAAUGACUUUGCCUCGUUAGACGGUGACUUCGAGCUGGAGUGGCUGCCCAUCCCCAAGAUCGUCGCCAUGUGGAUGUCCUUCCGCUAUUAUGAACGCAAGUUGACCGAGAAUACCCCUAAACUAGGCUACUUUAUUGCAGGCGGAAUUGCGGGCGUCGUCUCGAGGACGGCUACUGCCCCUCUUGACCGUCUCAAGGUUUACCUUAUCGCUCAGACGGGGGUAAAAGCCCCGGCGGUUCGCGCAGCGAAGGAUGGUGCUCCCUUGGUGGCGACAGGAAAUGCAUCUAGAACCUUGUCUGUUGCCCUGAAAGAGCUCUGGCGGGCCGGUGGAAUCCGGAGCUUGUUCGCUGGAAACGGGUUGAAUGUUUUGAAGGUGAUGCCAGAGUCAGCGAUCAAAUUUGGAGCCUACGAGUCGUCAAAACAAGCAUUUGCUCGCCUUGAAGGACACAACGACCCCAAAAAGCUUCGGCCCACAUCACAGUUCUUGUCGGGUGGUAUUGGUGGAAUGGUAGCCCAAUGCUUCGUCUACCCUCUGGACACGUUGAAAUUCCGGAUGCAAUGCUCAACCGUUGAAGGUGGCUUGAGAGGAAACAAGCUCAUCAUAGCCACAGCGAAGAAAGUGCUGAACACCAAUGGGCUAUUUGGUUUCUUCCGUGGCCUGCCCCUUGGUCUCAUCGGAAUGUUCCCAUACGCGGCGAUCGACCUGACCACCUUUGAAUACCUCAAACGCGCCCUUGUCUCUCGCCAAGCUAUUAUUGAUCAUUGCCACGAGGACGACGUGACUCUGAACAACUUCCUGACUGGCACAAUUGGUGCCAUCAGCGGUGGUUUCAGUGCCUCGGUCGUCUAUCCUCUCAACGUGAUGCGGACUCGGCUACAAGCCCAAGGCACCGUCCUCCACCCGACUACAUACACCAGCAUCACCGACGUCGCCCGCAAAACUCUCCAAUCCGAGGGACCCCGCGGAUUCUAUAAGGGCCUCACCCCCAACCUUCUCAAGGUGGCACCUGCAGUGUCCAUCAGCUACGUGGUCUACGAGAACUCGAAGCGGAUGCUCGCCUUGAAAUAA